AUGAGUUCGCCUAUCAGGAAAACCCCCUAUGUAGCUGCCUUCAUGAAGCAAAUAGGGAGGCUUAGGCAGUUUCCUCAACCUGUCACAUCCUCCACAUGCUCCCCCCAGCCUCCCGAAGUGCCACCGAUCUGCCCUCUGAGGGUGCCCAGAGAGGUGCAGGCUGCAUCUGCACUGCCCGGUCCAACCAACUGGCCCCUCCUGGGCAGCCUGCUGGAAAUCCUCUGGAAGGGGGGCCUGAAGAAACAGCAUGAUACGCUGGUAAGGUACCAUAAGAAGUUUGGCAAGAUUUUCCGCAUAAAGCUGGGCUCCUUCGACUCUGUCCACCUGGGCUCCCCGUGUCUGCUGGAGGCACUCUUCCGCAAGGAAAGCAUGUACCCCCAGCGACUGGAAAUCAAACCCUGGAAAGCCUAUCGUGACUAUCGCAAGGAGGGCUAUGGGCUGCUGAUUCUGGAAGGGAAAGAUUGGCAGAGAGUAAGGAGUGCCUUUCAAAAAAAGCUAAUGAAGCCCACAGAAAUUAUGAAGCUGGAUGAGAAAAUCAAUGAGGUCUUGGUGGAUUUUAUGAAAAGAAUAGAUGAUCUCUGUAAUGAAAAUGGCCAAAUUGAAGACUUAUAUAGUGAACUGAACAAAUGGUCAUUUGAAAGUAUUUGCCUAGUGCUGUAUGAAAAGAGAUUUGGACUGCUGCAGAACAAUACCAGUGAUGAUGCUUUGAACUUCAUUACAUCCAUCAAAACAAUGAUGAGCACUUUCGGGAGGAUGAUGGUGACCCCAGUGGAGCUUCACAAAACCCUGAACACCAAGGUGUGGCAGAUGCACACUCAGGCUUGGGACAACAUCUUUAAAUCAGCCAAAUCAUGCAUCAACAAUCGCCUGGAAAAACACUCAGAGAAUCCCAGUGAGGAUUUUCUUUGUGAUAUUUAUCACCAGAAUCAGCUUUCUAAAAAGGAGCUGUAUGCAGCUGUUACAGAGCUCCAGCUAGGUGCAGUGGAAACGACAGCCAACAGCUUAUUGUGGGUUCUGUAUAAUUUAUCUCGAAAUCCUCGGGUGCAGAAGAAGCUUCUUGAGGAAAUAGAGAGAGUUUUGCCUGAGCAACAGACACCCAAUGCAGAGGACUUGAAGAAUAUGCCUUAUUUAAAAGCCUGCCUGAAAGAAUCAAUGAGGCUAACACCAUCUGUGCCAUUUACAACUAGGACUCUUGACCAAGAAAUGGUUCUUGGAGACUAUGCAUUAACCAAAGGGACAGUUUUAAUGUUAAAUACUCAGUUCUUGGGAUCUAAUGAAGAAAAUUUUGAAGACUGGAGUCAGUAUAGACCAGAACGUUGGCUUCAGGAAAAGAAGAAAAUCCAUCCUUUCGCUCACCUUCCAUUUGGUAUCGGGAAGAGGAUGUGCAUUGGGCGGCGCUUAGCUGAACUCCAGCUCCAUUUGGCUCUUUGCUGGAUUGUACGAAAAUAUGACAUUAUAGCCUUAGACAACAAGCCAGUGGAAAUGCUGCAUCUGGGCAUCCUGGUCCCCAACCGGGAACUUCCCAUCGCUUUCUUGGCACGAUGA